AUGAAUUUCUCUUUACUUUCUACAAUGUUAUUAGCAUUAGCAUUGUCUUUUGUUUGCUUGUUUUCUGUUGGUCAUGCUCAAGAACUUUCAGGAAAUGCAAGAGUUUCUGCACUCUUCGCUUUUGGAGAUUCCAUGCUCGAUACCGGAAACAACAACAAUCUCAGGACUCUUACCAAAUGCAAUUUCUUUCCGUAUGGUAGAGACUUUGCUGGUGGAAAAGCCACUGGAAGAUUUGGAAAUGGACGAGUUUUCUCAGAUCUUAUUGCCGAAGGUUUGAGCUUAAAAACUCUCUUACCAGCUUACCGUGAUCCAAACCUUUCCAACAAUGAUCUCUCGACCGGUGUUUGUUUUGCAUCCGGUGGUUCAGGUCUCGAUGAACGCACUGCCAGUUCACAAGGAGUUAUAUGGGUGACAGAUCAGGUGAAAGAUUUCAAAGAGUAUGUCACUAGACUAAACGGCGUUGUAGGAGAACAAACAAAUGCACUUAUAUCAAACGCUGUUUAUUUAAUCUCAGCUGGUAAUAACGAUCUUGCCAUCACCUUUGCGACUGGGCGGGCACAAUCCACUAUUUCAGAUUACACUGAUCUCAUGGUCACUUGGACUGAUAAUCUUUUAAAGAGUCUAUAUGAUACUGGAGCAAGAAAGUUUGCGGUUCUUGGAACACUACCAUUAGGUUGCUUGCCAGGAGCAAGAGACGCGGCUGGAAAUUUUUUGAAAGUAUGUGCAUAUCCUGCAAAUCAAUGGGCUGAUACGUUCAACAAAAAGUUAGCAGCUAAACUUAACAAUCUCGGGACAACACUUCCUGGUUCCAAGUUUGUCUACGUAGACAUGUAUAAUUCUCUUCUUGAUCUCAUCAACAAUCCUCAGGCUUCAGGGUUUAUUGAUGCGGCUGAUGGAUGUUAUAUGCCGACGAUUUCUCCUGUUCCUUGCCCGGAUGCAUCUCGUUACGUGUUUUGGGACAUUGGUCAUCCUAGCGAGAAGUCAUACCAAACGAUUUCACCAAAGAUAAUUGAAGAACUGAAGGAGAAACUGGCAUGA